AGAGAGAGAGAGAGAGAGAGAGAGAGAGAGAGAGAGAGAGAGAGAAUGUGUCCUUUGAGGGUGAUUCUGAUAUUCUUAUCCGCCACUCUUGCCGGCUUCUUCCUCCUCAGAAACAUUAGAUCUCAGCCUUCACAAUUGGACAAUCAUGAUGAUGAUGAUGAUUCUUCAACACAAAAUUCACACUCUUCUAACUCUUCUUCUUCCAAGAUUGGAAGCGCUAUAAAUUCAGGGUUCUGGACUUUGGUUGACAUGGCUAGUGGUCGUUACCUUUGGAGGCACAGGCACUUGGUCUCUUCAACUCAAUCCUCCUGAUGCCUCUUAUGUUCUUCACCUUCAUUUGGAUUUAAAUGGCUUGGCGGUGAAAAUGUAAAAAGGGAAUGCAAUGUGAUCAAGAAAAGAGGAGGUUGUUUAUAUCAACUUUACUCUCAUCAUGAUUGCAUCACUUUUAUCUACUCUUUAGCUAAUAUAUCAUGUAAAACUUGCAAAUGUUCCUAAUCAUAUCACCAUUCCUUACAAGUAGAAAAGUUGCUACAACUAUUUUUGUUAUAACACACUUCAAGAAAAACCUAGAAUACAGUUUAGCAGUUAUCUCUUACGUUUUCCAUUUGAACAUAAGUCCGCGUUCAAGUAGCAUUAAAUCAGA